AUGUCAAACUGGAGGCAUCCGCGAACGAUGUUUCCAAAGACUGCAGCCAACGGCAAACGCAAUGAAGAUGAAUUUGAAACAACUUGGUUUCUGUGCAAUGAAUUAGUGAACGAAUGGCCUCAGCUCCUGCUAGCUUCCAUCAGGGACACCUUCUGGCCCCUGGGUGGCAGGGCGCUUGCUCGCAGCGUCACGAAGGCCUGCGUCACUUGCAUCCGUUGGCGCGGCAAGACUAUGCAGCCCCUUAUGGGCCACUUGCCGUCAAUCCUCAAUUCCCGCCCCCUGUCACCUCUAUCUUCCGAUCCUCUUGACCUGACUCCUAUCACUCCUGGCCACUUCCUCAUCGGUCGUCCACUCAUGUCGGUGCCAUCUCAUCCGCUUGAAGAACUGAAGUCUACCAAUCGCUACCACAUCAUAGAGAGACUCCGGCAGCAAUUUUGGGACAGAUGGAGGACGGAGUACCUAUCAGAGCUCCAGGUCCGAACGAAGUGGAGGACAAUGCAGCAUCAAGCCAAGGAAGGCGACCUGGUCCUACUCAAAGAAGACCACGCCCCACCUAUGAAAUGGCGCCUAGGACGGAUUGUCAAACUCUACCCCGGACCCGACAAUAUCACCAGAGUUGUGGAUGUCAACACGGCCAAAGGAAUUGUCCGCCGUGCUCUCAACAAGCUCGUCGCACUGCCGCCUUCGAAUGAAGUUGAAACCCAGUCACCUGCUUUCAACGGGCCCCAGUAUGUUCGCGCUGCUACAUCAGCGCCACCACCGGCGACGCUAGCGCCCUCUAUUAUAAUCAAGCAUGCUCCAUAG